AUGGUGCAAGGGAAGCCAUACCGGGUCGGGCUGAUGGUGGCAGGGCUGGCGGUGAUAGCUGUGGGCCUCUUUAUCCUGGUGGAGGAGAAACCGCACGUCUAUGGGACAAUGUGCGCUCUGGGGGUCAUAAUGCUGUGUGCCGGGACGAUCUGGAGUCUCUGUCAGUGCUACCCCAAGGUCAUGUUGGUUUCUCAUUCCCAAGAAAUGGAAGCUGUGUGCAUCUCAGAACGAGACAAAAGAUUGGCUGACCCCGUGCCAGAAGUUUUUGGACAAAAGUGUAAAAGUAGCGGACCCCUGAGCGGGCCCAUGAGCGGGCCCAUGAGCGGGCCCCUGAGUCACAGCUGUCCCAGUCUGCAGCUGGUCUGA